UUGAGACGUUACGUAACCUCACAUAACUCAACUUUUAAAGAACAAAUAACUCAGUUAUGCUUUUAAAUUCAAGAAUUUAGAUUAUUUGGUUUAUUAGUUCGUGAUCAAGUCUUUUAUUGGCAAAAUUUCGAGAAUAUGUUAAAUGAAGCUUCGAAACAAGGAAUUCGUGAAAUAUUGUCGACUUUAGACGACAAUACCCUAUUUUCUUUAUCUGGGACCGUAACUCAAGGUUUAUUGAAGAAUAGAAUCAACAAUCGCCAGGACGCCACCAAUGCCAUUUUAAACUACUCCCCGGACGCUUUGAGUUUUUUACGACGUAAAAUCAUAACUCGCGAAUUGCUAUUCUCGUAUCUACAUGCAAAGAACGUCCCUGUUGACCUCCCAGCCACGAAAAAUGACCUCAUUCGAAAGACAGCUCAAUUUUGGAGCGUUGAGUAUAUCCAAGAAGCCCUCAUUGGGGCCAACCAAGCAGACAGCGGCUCAGUAUCUCUCCUCGCCCAACAGUUCACCAAAUGGUUUUACUCCAUGUUGAACAAAAACGAGUGUUUAAACCACGAACAUUUAUACCCCGACGCAAGACUCACAAUAAACAUGUCAAAUAAUGGACAAGUAUCGACGGAAAUAAUCGAAAAUGACGCGGUGAAAGUCGUCCAACGGUUGUAUUCCUUACGUUCAAAUUUUAACUUAUUUUUCAAUCCCAACUUGUCUAGUGAUGGGGUCCAGGGACGCGUGGACCCCCAUGGGUUGGUGCUAGUAUUAGUUUGCGGGACGCUACACACGGACGCGACUUGUGUCGGGGUUUUUGAGCAAGUUUUUGCCUUGGCGAGGGACCCCCAAACCGAAAAUAAUUGGAAGAUUAAAAGCAGUGAAAUUGUCUUGAAAAGUGAGAGUGGGGUGAGGGAGUUGCCUGUGUUGGCCAAUAGUAAGUUAUUGGCCCUAACGUGAAACUAAUUUAAGUUUAAAAAUGUGAAUAUUUAAUUUGUUACGAAUUGUUUAAUGAAAAAACGUUCAAAUAAGA